UGGAUGUUUGUGUGUGUGUAGAUGAUUUAUUUAAUUGCUUUGAUGACGGCAGCGUCCGUUGUUCAUUUUUGUUGUGGCGUGCGAUUGAUAUGCAUUUGUCUUUUAAUCCGUUGCAGUGGCAGAGAUGUGUCCAGUUAGUACACAGCGUUCCAGGAUAUCUGGUUGUCAAGAUGGAUCCGUCUCUGGAGUGGCGGCUGGCGUUGGCCCUAACGUUUCUUGUGGUGGCUGUGGAGCUGGGGCAGCCACAGUUGCUGCUGCCAUUGUUGGUGGAUUUUUCGAUGUCACUGGAACUGCUGGAGUUGCCGUCACUGCCUGGGAUUGGAUGAGCGAGUGCCUGGCUGCAGGAUCCCUCGCAGGAUUGGCGUUUCGGCUUCAUCUUCUGCCGGGAGCGGUUGUUGGCAAGCUGCUGCUGCUGCUGUCGCUGUUGUUGUUGUUCGCGCUGCGGCUGCUGUAGCAGCUGCUGCUGUUGUGCCU